GGGCAUAUAGAGAAUGGUUUUUUAGUCAAGUAACCGGAACUGGCCUGUUCUAACUAACUUGAGAACCAAAAUUGAUUAUUACCCGGUUUGUUGAACUCUUCUCAGAAGUAUGAAGUAUGAACCUUUCAAACGUGGAUUGGGAAGAUAAACACAGAACCAAUCAGAAACCAUUACUUAUCCACGUGUCACAAUGCAAUCUUCACUUUUAGAUUUCAAAACAAUUAAAAAAAAAAACUUUCAGAAAACGAAUAAACAAAAGGAAGAAGAGAUAGACGGUGUGCGGACAGCAUUUGCAUUAGCAAUGGCGGCGACGACGACGGUGUAUGCGGCGGCGACUUCAACCUCCAUGGCCGUCAUGUUACCACGUCUUCCCACUACAACCACCACUCCCCGCUGCUCCGCCUUACCUACCCUCCCUGCUCGCUCCUUUUCUACUUCCAUCAAACACGCUUCAGGGUCGAAAAGAUCAAAUCUUUUCCAGAUAAAGGUUUCAGAAGAUGCAUCAUCCGCUCCAGAUGCAAAUGAAUUGAUCAAUGACCUAAAAGAAAAGUGGGAUGCAGUUGAGAACAAAUCCACAGUCAUAAUCUAUGGCGGAGGAGCAGUUGUUGCAAUUUGGCUAUCCUCAAUUGUUGUUGGUGCAAUCAAUUCAGUGCCAUUGCUUCCAAAGAUCAUGGAGUUGGUAGGACUCGGAUAUAGUGGAUGGUUUGUCUACCGAUAUCUGCUCUUCAAGUCGAGCAGAAAAGAGCUAGCGACAGACAUCGAGUCCAUAAAGAAGAAGAUUGCAGGGACCGAAUAGAUGGCCGUUACUACAAUCGAUAAUCCUACAUUUACUUUGUUGAAUUUGAAUGAUGUUUUUUAAUAUCUUUUUAUGAAAUUUAUGUAUAAGAGGCAUAUAUGGUGUUUGUAAUGUAGUAUAGCAUCUUAUGUGGAAUUUGUAUGUAGCCUUGCUCUUGUUUUGCUUCCCCUAAAACCUGCCAAGCUCGAGUAAACU